UGUGUUCAUGAUAUUGACGUCAUCUAAUGUAGAAAAGAGGUUUUAUCAUUGUUGUAUCAUAAUUUAUGUUUUGUUUUUGUUUCCUUACUUGUUUUUACCUUUUGAGAGAAGAACCCUACCCUACCCCAACAGGAAAACAAAACGAAACCACGUGAAAGUCUGCGAGGGACUGGAAGCUGCGAUGAUAACAAAAUGGAAGAUGGCGGAGGGAGAGAGGCAAAACUUAUUUUCCGAUCGUGGACAUCGCAACUAUAAAUCAAGUCCACUGCUCAAUUCACUCAAGAAAAAUGAAGCCUCAGAGACAAGUUCUUUGUCAGAGAGCAUUGAGGCACCGAAAUCCUAUGGCGCAACCCGGAAUCCACUUCAAACGCAAUGCGACGUGAGGUUGAUAGGCCAUGUUGUGGAACCUACCGACACAUUGCAAGGACUCGCCAUAAAAUAUGCCGUGACGAUUGAGCAGUUGAGAAGAGCAAACAAAAUUUGGGCCAAUGAUAAUAUACACUUGUUUAAAAUCCUAAAAAUUCCAGUUAAGAAGGACUCAAAACACUAUGUGGAAGACUUGGAAUUUUCUGAAGAUGAAUCAGGGACAGAUGAUAGUGGAAUAAAUGAAGACAAAAUCACAAUUAGUUUUGAUGCAAGGGGUGAUAUAGCAAAGAAAAGUGAUUCUUUGUGCGAUGCAUCCCUCGAUGGAUCUAAAGAAAUAGAAGGGAAGAGUCAACAACAAAACACGGCUUCCAGUUUUUUGGAGCAACUUGAUGCAAGGAUAAAAAGCUCUAAAAAGGAAUCUGAGAAACUUAGAACUGUUUCAGGACCUAAAGUUAUUGCAGAUUUAGAUAGAGCACACUCUAGAAGUCUCACAUCUGAUGAUGAUUUGUUUCGACCACUUGAAGCUGGAAUUUCAAGGCGACAAAGAGGACAAGUUCUUGCAUCAAAGAGGCAUGUAAGAAAGGAGAAAACUGCAGUUCAGGAUACAGAUGAUCAGUUCUUCGAGCUUUGAUAUAAAUUAUGAUCUACAACAGACAUUAUUUUAAUUUUAAAGGUUGUAAAUCAUCGAAAUCAUGACUCCAAUUUUAUCAAUGAGACACAACCAUUUACAACAAAGCACAUGACUGUAAAUUCAAAUGUUUUUAUUCAUAUCAAUAGUAGGGGAAAAAAAAAGGAAUAAGCUGCAGAUUCUUCAAGGGCUUGUUGUAAAUUUGUCCAUUCACAGCAUACAUAACUAUCCAGAUAGCAAUCAUAAUCCUUUGGUUUUGUUAAAUGGCCUUAGUUUCUUAGAAGCACAAAUUGUUUUUCAACUGGGAAAAAUGCUCUGAAACUUUGGCCCAAAGGAGAGGAGGUAACUUGAUUAAGAAAGCCCAUUCUUUUAGUCACUAGAAAUCCAUUUUCCUAUCAAUUUUGCCUUCAAUUAUCCCUUCACCCUACCCAUCUGUUGUUCAUACAUUUGAAGGCAGUUGAUCUCUACCAGAAAUCAAGAACAAUCUGUCAGCUCAAAUAUACCUUAAACUCUUAGAGGUGAUUAACAGAUAACUUCUCCGUAAAAUACUCAUACAUUAUCCAGCAAACAGGUAAUGAGAAUGCUCAAACUUAUUAAGUCGAAGUUGUUUUCUUGAUCCAAUGCCAAAUUAGUAAGGUUCCAGUCGAGAUGGACCAUUUUAAAAAUCACUCAAAUUCAGUUUGUCUGCCCAGGCAGUAAUUCAAUAUUCAAUGGCAGUAAGAAUUUACUCUAGCUGUAGAGCUAACUACCAUGGAACCCUUGAGUUACAUUAAUGUUAUCUAGAAAGGCCACUUGUUAGAAGAAAGUUUGUCAUUGCAGAGUGAAUAUUCCAUCUCUUUAUCACGAUUAAUAGGUCUUGACUCUGUUUUACAUGAAAAAUGAAACCGAACUCCUAGCUGUAGAACCAUGUAUAAAAUGGAAAAGAAAAUAUCAGAUAUUAGUUCUGAACAAAACUACAAUGAAUUUGAAUGUAGAGUAAUUAUCAGGAGCGGUUGUUACUCCCUGCAGAAGCAUAAUUUUUAAUAUAUUUUUUCAUCAUUAAAUCUAUGAAUUUCUCUUAGGAAAUAGUAAUUAAUUAAAGUAUUUUUAUAAUGAAACAAAUUCACAAUGUAAAUUUGGUCCAGGGAGAUGAUGUGACAUAUUUAAAAAGAAAAUUAUAAAAAAGAAAAAAAACCAACGUGAAAUACAAACUGAAUGAGAUGUGACAAGCAUCAUACAAAACAUGCAAUGCUUUUGAUACUCUCAAGACACAGCAUCUACUUAAUUGUCUGUAAGUUUCUAUUUUCCUCUCUGCUGAAUUUGUCAAUGAUUAUGUAACCUUUUUUUGCCAUUUUAUUUCAGUUUAUUACUUUCAUGAUUGUUUAAAUUAUUAAUAAUCCAUUAUUGCCCUAUAAUUAAUAAUGACAAUACACCAAAUGCAAAUAUGGUGUCCAACUUAAGUUGCCAUUUUUCUGGACUCACUAGCCUCAUCUUUGCGUGGAAACACAAAAGGAUUAUUACAGGUGUGAGAGUCUAGUGAAUCCAGAACAAUGGCAACUCAAAUUGGAUGCCAUAUUUGCAUUUGGUGUAUACUGUGUUUGAUAUCAACAUUCUCACAUAUGUUGUUACCUUAAAUUUCAAAGCUGGAAAUAUGAUGUAAUCUUUCAGCUCUAUGCAGUGGUAUUGUAUAGUUCUUUGUAUUUCUUGUUUGGUAAUGGUAUGCAGACACCUCAUUGCAGGUAUGUUUCAUUUUUGGUAACUUUUGGAGUGUAUUCAAACAAAUUUCACUUCAUCUUUCAUCUCCCAUCUAGAUAGUUUACAUAUUGGAGAGCAAGUUCUGUUUGAAAAUGGUUGUUAUGUCAACAGAAAAUAGGUGAUAUGUUAACAAGAAAUUCAGAUAUGUCAACAAGGAAAUUAGGAACAUUGUUUAGUUUGAGAAAUAUAGACAGUAAAUUGCUAGUUAA